UGUCAGUUGUCACGAAAAUCAACGUCAACAAUCUUGAAUUUCUUAUUUGAGUUUGAAAAUUGAGUAUUUUCAUUUGAACAGUCGGUUAUUUCAAAUAAAUGGUGUAUAUUUGUAUCUGAUAUAAAAAUGGCAAGUGUUACUUCGUACAACAAUGACAAAGUCGUCACCGGGGAGGUGGAAUAUCCAGCGAGUGAUCCUGCAUCGGGUGCUUUCUUUCAACCUGAUUAUAAAAAAAAUGAAGACCUGAAGUUAAUGCUAGAUGGUUCAAAAGAUUCUUUAAAACUGGAAGCAAUGAAAAGGAUAAUAGGGAUGAUUGCUAAGGGAAGAGAUGCUUCAGAUCUGUUUCCAGCAGUUGUCAAGAAUGUGGUAUCAAAGAAUAUAGAAGUAAAGAAACUGGUGUAUGUAUAUUUGGUGCGAUAUGCAGAAGAGCAGCAAGAUCUAGCGUUAUUAUCUAUCAGCACAUUCCAGAGAGCUUUAAAAGACCCCAAUCAACUAAUCAGAGCAAGCGCAUUACGAGUGUUAUCAUCAAUUCGUGUGACUAUGAUAGUUCCGAUUGUAAUGUUGGCGAUACGAGACUCUGCCAGUGAUAUGAGUCCUUAUGUUCGUAAAACUGCAGCACAUGCAAUACCGAAACUGUACAGUCUGGAUCCAGAGCAGAAAGAAGAGCUUGUAGCUAUAAUAGACAAGCUCUUAUCAGAUAAAGCGCCGUUGGUGGUAGGCUCUGCCGCUAUGGCCUUCUCCGAAGUGUGUGGAGAUAGAGUCAGCCUUAUACAUCGGAGUUACAGGAAGCUGUGUUCUUUGCUAGCGGAUGUAGAUGAGUGGGGUCAGUUGGCAUUGCUCAAUGUGCUGACCGUGUAUGCCAAGACUUGCUUCCCGGACCCCAAUGAAGAGUCUCCUUCUCCGUUGAUUGAGGGUCAGGAACUACCGCCUGUAGCGAAAGCAAUGAUCCGUCUCCUACGAGCGCCCAUUGAAGUUCAAAGUGUCGUGCUUAACUCGAUAGCAGCACUUACUGUCAAUAGACGGUCCCUCUUCGAACCGUUUCUCAAAUCAUUUUUCGUACGGAACUCGGACCCUACUCAUAUAAAGUUACUCAAGUUGGAGAUCCUCACCAACUUGGCGACGGAAGCUAGCGCGCCUGUGGUGUUGAGGGAGUACCAGACAUAUGUAUCUUCUAGUGAUAAAACAUUCGCCGGCGCGACUAUACAAGCUAUUGGUAGACUUGCUGUCUCCAUACAUACAGAAACAGAGACAUGUUUAAAUGGAUUACUGCAUUUAUUAUCCAGUAAAGAUGAGUGUGUGGUGUGCGAGGCGGUGGUGGUGGUGAAGCGCGUGGUGGGGGGCGGGGCCAGCUCGGCGCGCGCCGCCGUCUCCCGCGCCGCCAAGCUGCUGCGCUCCGACAGGCUGGCGGCGAACGCGCGCGCGGCGGCGGUGUGGCUGUCAAACACUACCUCUUGUACCCAGGACGAGCUAGUGAAGCUACAGCUGCUAUCCCUAGCUGUGAAGCUAUCUAUAACUCAACCGGACACGGCGGCGAUGUGCCGCUACGUGCUGUCCCUAGCGCGGUAUGACGCGAGCUAUGACGUCAGAGACAGGGCCCGGCUGCUACGUCGCUUUGUGGACCCCAGCCCAGGGUCCUUGCUGCAGCAGUACGCGGCUACCAUCUUCUGUCCGGAUAAACCUAAACCAACUAUCGAAAGCAGCUUUAAAGACAGACAGCAGUAUACUGUGGGGUCGCUGUCGCAGUACAUUGGCAGUGCAGCUGCUGGCUACCGGCCGCUGCCCGCCGCGCCCCGCGCGCCCCUCGCCGCCGAGCUGCGCGAGCCCGCGCCCGCGCCUGCUGUCGACGACACGCAUCAGAAAAAUAAAACCUUCUACUCCGAGCCGGAGAGCGACGGCUCAGGGUCAUCUUCUUCAGCAUCUUCUAGCAGUUCGGAAGAUUCUUCUAAUGACGAAGAAAGCAAUCAAGAAGAGAAGAAACAAGAAAAACCAACUGAAACCAACAAUUACAAGUCGUCAAACUCAGGCACGUCAGACAGUGAGUCUGACAGCGAGUCUGACAGCUCCAGCGACAGGCAGUCUGACAGCGACACUGAGUCUGACGAGCAAGGGAACUCCAAGUCUACUGCGAAGGAAUCGAAGGUGGAACCUCCACAGAAACCAAAUGAGAAAUCAAACUUGGAGCUACUACUGGAGCUGGACGAGGUCGCCAGCUCCUUACCAACUAUGACCCCCACUUGUGGGGGCUUUCUCUCCCCCCCUACCGCCGCACAGGCCUUCGGAGAUGAUGCGAUAACACCAGUGGGGCCGUCGUUGGUGUCGACCAGUAGUGCUGAGCUGUUGUCGCGCGUGGUGUGCUCCGGGCUGGGGGCCAGGCGGCGCUGGUCGCGCGCGCCGCAUCUCUUCUCACACAAAAUGUGCUCUUUAGAGCUAACAUUUACAAAUUACAAUAAUACUGAAGUUAAUAAUAUCAGAAUUAAUAAAAAGACUCUAACAGGUUCCCGCGCUAUCCACGAGUUCGCCGCCAUCAGCUCGCUGGCGCCAGGAGCCUCGGCCAGCGGCACCCUCGGCGUCGACUUCGCAGACUCCAUACAGCCCAUCGAGUUCACCAUCAUCAGCUCCUUGGGUGAGGUGAACGUGAGUAUAACUCCGCCUGUGGGGGAGUUGAUGCGCGCCGUUACCAUGACAACGGCCCGCUGGGACACGGAGCACCGCACUCUGCGCGGCAUGACUGAGUGUGAUAAGAAAACAGAGAAAAUCACCGAUGAAGCGGUUAUUUGCCAGCGCGUGUUUGAAACAGCCAAUUUAGCCGCCAUCACUUCCACUGGAGAGUUACUGAGGUUCGCAGGCCGCAUGAUGUCCUCGCAGGAGCUGGUGCUGGUGGCGGUGCGCGCGCUGCAGCAGCACAGCCUCGUCACCGCCAUGACGUAA